AUGUCGUCCUCGCAGAGCGUCCAGUGCUUCGGCAAGAAGAAGACGGCCACGGCUGUCGCCCAGUGCAAGGCCGGUAAGGGUCUUGUCAAGGUCAACGGCAAGCCUCUGUCCCUUGUCCAGCCCGAGAUCCUGCGCUUCAAGGUCUACGAGCCCCUCCUCGUCCUCGGCCUUGACAAGUUCGCCGACGUCGACAUCCGCGUCCGCGUCUCCGGCGGUGGUCACACUUCCCAGAUCUACGCCAUCCGUCAGGCUAUCGCCAAGUCCCUCAUCGCCUGGUACCAGAAGUUCGUCGACGAGCACUCCAAGAACAUGCUCAAGCAGGCCCUCGUCGCCCACGACCGUACCCUCCUCGUCGCCGACAACCGCCGGUGCGAGCCCAAGAAGUUCGGUGGUAAGGGUGCCCGCUCUCGCUUCCAGAAGUCCUACCGUUAA